CUCCCAAUUCCAUUCCCGCUAUAUAUUCGGGUGUGCGUGUAUUAGUUUACGCAUUUUUGGCGAAAGAUGUCAAGCUUAAAGAUGUGAUAACUCUUUCAGCACAAUCCCUGGAUGGCCCGAUUAAACUUGAUGUUAAAGUAGAUCCAGUAACUCUUCAGGUAUCGAAAAUACAUACCUUGGCUGCUCAGAAAUUAAUUCAGGAUUUGGAAGAAGGAAUUUCAUAUCUGCAUGUGGAUUCUAAUAGAAAAGAUAAAGUUUUUGAUGUACUUGUCAAAGAAUAA